AUGGCGGGGGUCGCUGGCCGGCUGCUCGGGGCGCUGUGCCUCGCCGCCUGCCUGUCCCCGGCGCUCGGGAGGGACGCCGGAGAGCAGUGGACCCUGGAGAAGUAUUCUCACCAACCAAGAAUUUUAGGUUCUGAUGCUAUUCAGAAAGUUGUGGCCAACACAGAUAUUUCUGAAAUGUGGGAGAAUGAUUUGCGCCCUAUCCUGAUAGAAAGAUACCCAGGAUCACAAGGAAGUUACACAGUGCGACAGCAUAUCAAGCGCCGUCUUCAAACAUUAAAGGCUGGUUGGGAAAUUGAAGAGGAUACAUUUCAGAGAUACACACCAUAUGGCUAUAAAACAUUUUCAAAUAUUAUUGCCACUCUUGACCCCUCUGCAAAACGCCAUCUCGUACUUGCUUGCCACUAUGACUCAAAAUUCUUUGGACAGCAAUGGCAGGACAGAGUGUUUGUGGGAGCAACUGAUUCAGCUGUGCCUUGUGCUAUGAUGCUGGAGCUGGCACGGGCCCUGGAUAACAAGCUUCAGUUAAUCAAGCCCAGCUCAACAUCAAGACCAGACCUUUCACUUCAACUCAUUUUUUUUGAUGGUGAAGAAGCCUUUGUUCGGUGGUCCCCUUCUGAUUCCCUCUAUGGAUCUCAACACUUAGCUCAAAAAAUGGUGUCGACUCCACACCCACCAGGUUCAACAACCACAAACCAGCUGCAGGGCAUAGACCUGUUUGUACUACUGGAUUUAAUUGGUGCACCAAACCCAGUCUUUCCCAAUUAUUUUCAAAACACUCUUCGAUGGUUUCAGAGGCUUCAAGCAAUUGAGAAAAAGCUACACAACAUGAAUCUGCUGAAGAAUCACCCUGCUGAAAUUCAGUAUUUCCAGAGUACUUUACAUCGAGGCUUGGUUGAAGAUGAUCACGUUCCAUUUUUAUUAAGAGGGGUUCCAGUCCUGCAUCUGAUUCCAUCCCCUUUUCCUGCAGUAUGGCAUACCAUGAAGGACACAGAAGAAAACCUUGACAAAACCACUAUCGACAAUCUCAGCAAAAUCCUGCAAGUGUUUGUACUGGAAUAUCUCAACCUAUGACACACAAAACAUCAACAAAUUGCACUCCAUUCCCACUACUGUUUGCCUACCUUCACACUUGCUAUUUAAUUGCAUUAGAGAGUACCAGGGUGAAGAAGAAUGUGCUAGUUCUUGCUAGACUGAUUAUUGAUUGAGCUAUUCCUGGCCCAUUGGUCCAUCAGCCAAAUAACAUACAAUUAAGUAAGACCUAGUUCAGCCUGGAAAGAACUUGAUCUUUCCAUGUGUUAUCUCUGAAUAAAAAAAAAAAAACAAAAAAAAACCCUUAAUUUUUCCAUAUUGUUACCACUGGUGUUUGUCACAUAUUAUGAUCCCAGGAAGGAAUGCCUCAUGACUUAAUUGUAUGGUACAGUUUUUACAAGGUGUGACCAACUGUUGCAGUGUGCAGCUAUGGAAAUGUACACCAUGUUAUCAAAAGAGGCAAAAAUCACACCAUAGCAGACUUCUACUUCGAGCUAAACUAAACCACCUCAUGCUGAUAGGAGUUGCUAGAACUCCUAACACACAUGAUUUUUAAUCCCCUCUGGUGCUUCUCCUCCUUCCCCUUCAAAGGCAGCUGCAAGGGUUUUUCUCUGCAGGCAGCUGACCACCAGAAAACAGA